AUGGAAGUAAUUUACCGUUUUCUUACUUCUGUAUUGUGGAUUUUAUCAGUAGAAUCUGUGAUUGAUAUAUCACCUUACAAAACACUACUGCUUGAAUUGCAUAAUGAUAUCAGGAGGGAUGUUAAAGCUUCAAAUAUGCAAAAACUGGAUUGGAGCCCUAUUUUGGAAGAAGAAGCCUCCAGAUGGGCGGAAAAUUGUCAUUUUCAGAUUCAGAGGAUAGGCAAUGGAGAAAAUUUGGCAAUGCAUACAGCCGACAAGGCAUUAGAAGAUCUACUAGAAGAAGGUUUUAAUAUGUGGAGUAGUGGCAAGGAUGAAUAUAAACACGGAAAUAAAUUGUCCACUAAGACAGGACAUUAUACUCAGUUGAUAUGGGCUGAUACAUCCAAAGUCGGUUGUAGCAUGAAAAGGUGUCCUGUGUUGUUUAUGAAAAAUGGAGUAACAGUUAAAGAUGCUUGGUUCUUGGUUUGCUUUUAUAACCCACCUGGCAAUGUAUUUGGAAAAGAUCCAUAUAUUGUUGGUAAUUCGUGUAAAAAAUGUAGAGAAGGUCAGCGCUGUGAUAAUGGUCUCUGUGAAGGACAACAGUCUACAGGGACAAUGAAUAUGAUUCCAACAACAAAUAGAAACCAAUUAUUUCACUGGAGGUCAAGGAAUACAUAUGAUCCAUAUGUAGACAAAAAUAUACACGGUUCUCCAGAAAACAUCUGUUUUGACAUAUCACCUUGGUGUGACCUUUGGAGAGGAAUGUGUAUUGAUAGACGUUACGCCUUUGAUCUGUUCACCCUUUGCCGUAAAACGUGUGGAUUCUGCCACAAUUCUACAUGUGUAGAUAGCAAAGAUACAACAUCAUGUAAAUACUGGCAACAAUAUGGUUAUUGUACAAAUUCGUUGUAUGCAGAAUUUAUGGCAAAACAUUGUGUAAAAACGUGUAAUUUGUGUUAA